AUGAUUCUUGUCACAACUCGGUUCCCAAAAAUUGUAGAAAUGGUGACAAAAGAAUCUAAUCCAAUUGACCUCCGUGGUUUGGAUCCUGAUGAGUUUUGGAAAUUCUUCCAAAUAUGUGCAUUUGGUAGAAUCCAAGAUGAGCAUGGUGAUCAAGAGUUAAUUGGUAUUGCAAGGAAAAUAGCAGAUAAGCUGAAAUGCUCCCCACUUGCAGCCAAAACAGUUGGUCGGUUAUUGAUUAAGAAACCCUUUCAGGAACUUUGGAUGAAAAUUCUUGACAACAAAGAGUGGCUAGAAGAAAACCAUGACAAUGAUAUUAUCCCAGCCUUGAAAAUUAGCUAUGACUACCUUCCCUUCCAUCUGAAAAAAUGUUUUUCGUGUUUUUCCCUUUUCCCUGACGAUUAUAAAUUUGGAAAGCUUGAGAUUAUUCGUUUUUGGGAUUCUAUAGGCAUCAUAGAUUACCCUAAGCAGAAUAAAAAAUUUGAGGACAUAGGAUCAGAUUAUCUGGAUGAACUAUUAGAUAAUGGUUUUCAUAUAAAAGGAGAUGAUAAUAAUUAUGUAAUGCAUGAUUUACUCCAUGAUCUUUCACGUAAAGUUUCAUUAGAAGAAUGUGCCUAUAUCAGUUGUUCUACUUUUGAGGCAAAUGAAAUCCCACAAUCUAUUCGUUACCUAUCCAUUUUCAUGCAUGAUGAUAUUCAUGUUAAAAGUUUCGAGGAAGGGAUGGAAAUGAAAGAAUUCCAUGUUAAGAACGCGAGCGUUGGAUUUGAGCUAGGAGAGUUGGGGAAACUAGAAGUGCUUGGAGGAGAGCUCAAGAUAUCUGGACUUGAAAAUGUGAGAACCAGCCAAGAAGCUGAAGAGGCCAAACUGAUGGAAAAGAGGAAUUUAGUGAAGUUGGGAUUAGUUUGGAACAGUAAGCAAGAGUCCACUGGAGAUGAUAUCCUAGAUAGUCUCAAGCCACACUCUAAUAUUAGAAUACUUUGCAUUGUAAAUCAUGGUGGCUCUGUUGGUCCUAGUUGGUUGUGCAGCAACAUCAUAUACAUGAGAAACUUGGAGACCCUACAUCUAGAGAGGGUAUCAUGGGCCAACCUUCCACCUAUUGGGCAGAUGUAUCACUUAAGAAAGCUGAAGCUGAAAAACAUUCUUGGGAUAUCUCAGAUUGGACCUGAUUUCUUUGGUGGUACUACAGAAAAAAGUUUCACGCACUUGAUGGAAGUUCAGUUUUAUGAUAUGCCAGACCUUGUAGAGUGGGUUGGGGGAGCUAACUGUCAUCUGUUCUCAAGGCUUGAAAAAAUCAGCUGCACUGGUUGUCCCAUGCUAACAACACUGCUGAUCUCAGGUUGGCCUAUUUCUUCUUCAGAAGGCAACACUAAAUGGUUCCCUAGCCUUCGUGAUCUUUACAUUCUUAGAUGCCCGAAGUUGUGCCUUCCUCCCAUGCCUCACACUUCGAUGGUAUCCAGUAUUGAUACAGACUGCUUGUCUUAUUAUCGUACUACGUUGAACAUUUGGAAGCCCUCUGAAUUGGUUUUCCACAAUCUUGGUGAUGUAGAAAGGUUGACAAUUUGGGAUGAAUCAUGCUUCUCAUUUAUGGAUCUUCAAAAGAUACAUUCCCUAAGACAUAUAUAUAGAGUCCAAACUCUCGAACUCAGACAAUUUUCUCUUACCAGAAAAUCCUUGUCAAAUUUGUUCGAAUGUUUCCCAGCUCUUUCUCGGUUGGAUGUCAGCACAUCAUCAAAUGAGGAUCAUGAGGAGGUGGUACUGCAGUUUCCACCCUCCAGCUCGCUGAGAAAUGUCCGCUUCGUUGGGUGUAAGAAUCUGAUCCUGCCUGUGGAUGAAGAGGAAGGAGUUGGGUUCUGUGGCAUCUCGUCGCUUGAGUCCGUGGCCAUUAUAAAUUGUAACAAGCUAUUCUCUCGGUGGCCCAUGGGAGGAGGAGGAGUUCAGACUCAGAGCAUCAUCUACCCUCUCCCCCCUUCCCUCAAGAAACUUAGCCUUGAGGGUGAGGUAAGCACGCUGCCGAUGGCUCUGCUCGCGAAUCUCACAUCUCUUACCAGUCUAGAACUAUUUAAUUGCAAGGAUAUCACAGUGGAUGGGUUUGUUUCUCUCAUCACAAUCAACCUCGAGCAUCUGUAUGUGCACAAUCGGAGAGAUGGUGAGGCUGAGCCCUAUUCUGUAGCAGCAGAUCUGCUUGCAGUGGUGGCAAGGACCAAAACAUUGCCCGCCGGUUCCUUCCAACUGGUGUGCCUUUAUGUGGACAGUAUCUCUGCAGUGCUUGUUGCUCCCAUCUGCAGCCGCCUCUCCGCUACCCUCCAGAGGUUAUCCUUCGAUUGUGAUUGGCGGACAGAGAAGUUAACGGAAGAGCAGGACGAGGCGCUUCGGCUCCUCACGUCUCUCCGAAUCCUGUGGUUCAAUGGCUGCAGGGCUCUGCGGUCCCUCCCCCAAGGGUUGCAUCGCCUUCCUUCUCUCCAGGAAUUACGUAUCUGGGGGACUCAAAAAAUCAGAUCACUGCCCAAGGAAGGCCUCCCCGAUUCACUGCGACUGCUAGACAUACAUAAUUGCAGUCCCGAGAUUUAUGAGGAAUGCCAGAAAUUAAGGGGAACGAGGCCAGAUAUACAUAUACAUGAUGGGCUCACAAUUGUGGAUAAUAAAACAUCCAAUAUCCUUGAGGAAACAAAGAAAAUUCAAAUUAGAAGGAAACAUGCUGGUUCAAGUUCUUAUAUGCCCAAUUCAGCAGUAGAUACACAUACACCCAGCACCCCUGAUCUCUCACCAUUAAGAUCUGCAGCCUAG